UGGUAGUUCCUUAGGGGCGCAAGUAUGAAAGAGAUACACGCAAAACGUUUGUUUAUUGCACUAGGCCAGUGAUUCAAUUUCAGUUGUCGAUUGCCGGACACUCCGUAAGCAUCAUAACAGUUUUUUAAGCGGUUCUGAUCGUGUUUUUAUUGGUGCUCUCCGAUAUCUGGGUUUAUAGAAGUCAACAUCCACGCCUAAGACUGAGCCAAAAUGACUGGUGCUACUGAACACGAACAAGUCGUGAUGACUCCGAAAGGGAAAACUGCCAAUUCGACAACGAUUAUGAUCGAACGGAAGCUGCUGAAGGCGACGAAUGAUAAAAUGCACGUGGCCGGCGGUGAACACACUGGUAUCGUAAUAAAUAAGGAGACCGCACUCGAGAACGGUGAGUGCAGUCCCGCGCAGCUAUCCCUCGAGUUUAAAGUGUUCUUGAUAAACGCUCAGACCAAAAAGCCCACCCAGGAAUCGCGGACGUUGAAGUUUUGGUUUCGAUCGCCGAAAAAUAGCGACAACGGCCUAUACGAAGAGAACCACGCGGGCGUGGCUCAGGAUUUUUUUAGGGAACUGGUCAGCCCAAGGGAAUUCCCGCGAGACUACGUCGGCUUCAUAAAAAAAAUAAUGAAGUUGAUGCAACACGAUUACCAAGAAAUAAGCAAGCUGGAGGUGGAACUGAAGCAGUUGGACGAGCCGAUCCAGGUCCCGAGCAGACCACUAUCAGCUGAAGAGAGUACUCUUACAAAUGGACAAAUCCUGACGCAGGAAAAAGUACUGGAAAUAAUCGAAUCGGCUUAUCCCAACCCCGUGACAAUACCAGAAGUUGCCAAGGAACACAACUGGGAUGAGGACGAAAUCGCCCAGCAUAUGUCCGAACUGCAGUCCAGGGAGCUCGUCAAGGCUAUGGACCACGGCGCGUUCACUAGACAACAGAGCCACGACACUCAGGUGACCAUCGUCAAGCAGAUGCCAACGAUGGUUAGCUCCAAACAGCCGACGAUCGCGAUCAUAACAGCCCUCUACUGCGAAAAAAUGGCUGUGGACACCAUGAUCGAGAACAAGGAGACGUUCGUGAGGUACACCACAGUCGGUCCGUCCAGUCCUUCGUCUGAACCCCGCAGGGCGAGAUUCGGCGAAUCGAACGUGUACACUCUUGGCAACAUCGGCGCGCACCGUAUCGUAUGCACCAAGCUGCCGUCGGUAGGUCACACCAGGGAAGCGAUGACGGCAGCCGGAAACACCACUACCAGGUUGCUGGGAACUUUUCAGAAAGUGGACUACGUGUUCCUGGUGGGAGUGGGAGGCGGCGUGCCGCAUUAUACCGACUAUAAUAAACACGUGCGGCUUGGAGACGUAGUGGUAUCUUGCCCAACCAGAAAUAAGGGCAUCUAUUUAUAUUGCGGCAAUACCGUCGUGACGGACAAAGGAUUCGAUUUUGAAAUCAAGAACUACAGCCCGAACACGUUUAGUCUUCAGGAGAUCGCGACUCGCCUGAAGGCGUCCGCUGACCAGGACGCGUCCGUGGCGCCGCCGUGGUUGAAUUACCUUUCAAGCGGUCUGAAUUUGUUGUCUUCGCAAAAAGAAUCCGAUUUCAACGCCCCCAGUGCCGAGACUGAUAAGUUGUAUAUGAGCAUCGGCGACAGAGAUCUCAUAGAAGUGGCCCAUCCCGUUGCUCAAGAUAAAAAUUUGAAGAGUAAACCCAAGAAAACUACUACAGCGAGGAAAAGUAUGACUGCUUCAACAACUGCUUCAAAGUCAAAGUCUAUAUUGAAGAAAAAGAUCCUUAGACAAGAAGGUUGUCCGAGGAUCCACCUGUCACCUAUAGCGUCCGGUAGGCAAGUGGUCAAAGAUGACAGGCUCAGGCAACAGUUUGCCUCCCAAGUCGGCGCUUUGGCGUUCGACGGCGAAUUCGACUCUGUUAUAGAGUCCAUUUUGGGCAACUGCAAGGACAGCUUCAUCUGCAUCCGAGGCAUUUCCGACUAUAAAGACGGUUCCAGGCGCAAGGAGUGGCAACCGUACGCCUCUUUGGCGGCCGCUAGUGUCAUGAAAGCUAUAAUUUGCGGCAUGGAGCCACCCACCAAUGUCUAAACGGUAUAUCGAGGUAAACACUUCAGUAAGUGUUUAUUUUUCUCUCUAGCGAUCCGAUGGAUUUUGACUAUCGACACUACUGCCGACUUAGCGCCUAUUCAACAUCGAGUUUCAUUGACCAAUUUUUACAGUAGAUAGAUCAAUAAUGGCCGUUCGCGUGGACUAGUUCGUGUUGAGGAAUACUGUGCAACCUUCUCAAUCUGGGCGGGCCCAAGUGGCCUUUUUCUGACUUAAGAUCACAUCUUUAGUUACCAUUUCUGUUUAAAGUAAAUUGAGUGCUAAUAAUCUUUACCUACUUACCUUGACGAUUGAAUUCCAUUAUAAGGUUGAUGCUGCUAUCGAUUUAUCCAUCUGUGAAAGCCUUAUCUGUGCGGCCAUAGUGAGUUCUAAUUUAAGUCGCUAAUAAAUUUUCUCCUCCAAUAACUUUGAUCAUACUGACGCAGUAGCAGUUAAACUUGUACUCUCGUUGACUUUUUGGAAGUCUUAUGUAAACUUUUGGUUAGAAUAAGUAAUAUCAACUUUUGAAAUCCAGCUAACUAUUCGCUUAUUAUCUAUUAUUUAUUGCAGAAAUAAUAUUUAACUGUGUAGUAACUGAUGAAUUUCUUCAUGAGGUUGUUGACUAAGCAUAUUGGAUUUACAUUGGGAAAGAGCUUCGUGGAUUUCUUUGGCGUCUCAAAAUGUCAUUUAAGCCAACCUAUAGUAUUUUGAGGUUAUGUUUGACUAUUUUGUUUUUUUUUUGGAUUACUGUUUAAUUAUUUCAUUAAAAUGUUUAAGCCUCAGUCUGUUAUACAAAAGAGUAAAAGAAUCAGAAAAAGAAAUGCUACCAUAUGCUUACUCUGGCUGCUAAUAAUUGUGUACUACCUUACAUUGAAAGAAGGUGGUGGCCAAAAGACAAAAGUAAAGGGGGCUUGAAGUUGGCGAAACUAGAGUUUACAGGACCCUGAACAUUUCAAACAGUUUUUGAGGAUGUCAAAACAAAGUCCAGAUAGAGAAAAUGAACACAAACUUUGGAGAUGCGAUAAGUGCAGAAAAUAAACUGUUUUGGGAACUCUAAGAUUUCUAGCCACAGGUGAAACUUAUUUGUACCAAAAGUCUGUGGAUCAAUAUAUGAUACUUUAAGGGCGAAUUUCUAAGUUAAGUUAGAAAGUUGUUUUACUGUUUGAGGAUUCUAAUUAUAAUUAUGUUGUUGGUGGGGUUAGUAAUUAUUAUGUUAAAAAAAUUAACCGCACCAGUCUUUUUCAAGCAAUCAUACUUACUUACUUUAUGCAUUGUAAAAAAUUUAAAGAAAAAUUGUGCCCUGUUAAAUAAUUUAUAUUUUUUAGAUUCUUUGGACAAGAUUUCGAAAAAAAAAGGGAAUAUUUCCAUAACAUGUAGCCAUAACAUUGUGCUCCUUGCGUUAGUGGAUGCUAACUAUAACUUUAUUUAUGUGGGAGUUAAUGAAUGAGAUUCUCACGGUGGAGUUUUCAGGCAGUCACCUGUGGCCAAAACUUUAGCUCACCUUAACAUACCUGAAGACCAAUGUCUUCCAGGAAGAUACAAAUUAGUUCCUCAGGUUAUGUAAACUGAUGUAGCUUUUCUACUCAGUGAACACAUUUUGAAGCUUUAUCCAUUUAGAAAUAUAACUAGAGAAGAGAGAAUUUACAAUUACAGGUUAAGCCGGGAAGGCGAGCUGUAGGAAAUACUUAGGGCCAAGUUGCUAAUUGCUUCAGGAUUUUCUUAACAACUAACAAAAUGUUUAAAAAGUUCAACAUAUAAUUUUGGCUUGUGUGUGUUCUUCAUAUUUUUUAAGAAAGAAGAAUCCUCCUCCUAUUUAAGAUGAGGACAUUGUUGACAUGAGAACGUCGUGUCUGUCAUUUCGGGAAUAAUUUGUCAAUGGCAAAACUAUGCAGUUUAAUAUUUACAUUGUAAUUUUCGCAUAUUUGAAAAAAAUAAAACUUUUGAAGGAAGGAUCUUUUAUUUUGUUCUGCUUUAAUUUCUACCAGAUAUAUCUUUAGAAAUGAAUUUACCUCUUCCUAGACCUAAGAGAGAUGUAAAUGAACAAAUUAAAUUAUGUCAUAUAAAUUUUAGUUUGUAAAAUGUUUCAAUAUUUUGGCUUGAAAGGGGAAAAGUUAUGUCAGUCUGAAGUUGAAUGAUAUCAUGAUAUCCUGGCCUAAUAGUUAUAGAAAAUACCUUGCAUGCUGAACUGCUCUACAUACACCAACAUUUUUAUUAUAUAUUGAAGUUCCAAUUAUUUAAAAGAACCCCAAAUUUAACAGUUUUUAAUCCCUUACAAAACCAAAAAUUGUGUGUUUUGAGUAAAUUUUAUUUCAAAAUCAAAAGCUGAUGUUUCUUUUGCAUAUAUACCCCAACAUUCCAGUUAUUCUUUAUUUGCAUUUGCAUAGUCUUUAUCUAUCUCCAAUUCCUCUUGCUGGGCUUGGUAAAUAAUAUCCAAGAUUUGUCUUCUAAGUCGUAUCUACACAGUACAUAGUUCUACAAAUUACAAAAAACCAUCUAUAACAUCUAACCAGUCAGCAGGUUCUUUCAGUCUGUUAACACUUUCAAGAAUACUAGAUGCCUUUUUCAUAAUGGCAACUGACUGUGAAGUUUGUAUUUAAUUCUGCUUUUUUUUUCGUGCUGGAAUUUGUCAAAGAUGUGUGAAAUCUCAGUGGUAUGAGAAACUCAAAGGUGCACUUAUUUCAGAGACGGGUUGACUUAUAUUGAAGUCAGAUUCUCCCCUGUUAAGCUCAUCAUCAGUUCAAUCAAACAUGACUUCACAGUUUUCAGGUAAAUCUAGACUGGCGUUAAUGUUUUAGACCUCCAUCAGCUAUCAGUAGAUUUGACUCACUUAAAGAAGAAGGUUCAUAAACUUUAUCUGUACCAGCCCAACUCAGUAGACUUUUUUGAAUUUUAUUUGUUUCUGAGUUCUUAGAGAAUUAAUUUUUUUUCUGAUGUCCUCCUCAAUAAUAUUUGCCAUUAAGAAGUUUUUGUUAAAUUCUUCUUUUGAUAAAGACACGGUGUUGUCGAAACAAUUGUCAUGUGAAAAUCUGAACUUUUAGUUCUUAUUUAUUUUGUUAAAUGGAUUUUCAUCAAGUAAAAGGAUUACGCUCAUACAUAAAACUAAAAACAGGAAAAUUUGCACCAAUAUCGCAUUUAAUUAAAGAAAAACUCUCGUGUUUAUUAGUUUAUAAUAACAUAACAUUUCUUUUUACAUUACAUUUUACAUAGUUGACAUUACUAAAUUCACGAAAAUUAAAACCAGUACUAUUUCUUGCAUAAAUUAAUGAAAUUAGUUCGUCAAUCAAUUGUAGGUGUAAAACUUAUGUAUUAGCAAGAAAAUCUACAAUACAAAAUUUAGGGUUACAGUUUUUAUCCAAACACUCAUUUUUAUUGGUCUUGGACUUGAGAUUAUACAAUUUUAUUUAAAUUAAAUCGAUUAGAAUACAAAUUUUCAUGUAAAUAAAAUAACCCACCUGAUAUGUCGCGCCACCUAUCGGCCUAAAUUUGUACCAAGUUGCCAUUUCGACAUGUAUUCGCGUUUCUUCCUCAACAUUUUUGAGGUGGUCUAAGCAGGCGGCCAUGCCACGUUUAGGUUGUAGUAAAUUAUUGAGGUUUUAUGCAUUUAAAGUUUACGAAAGUUACCACUAGAUAGUGAUUUAACUUAAAUUUAAAACUGACAACGUUUCGGAGACUGUUUCGUAGGUUUAGGAUGAUCUAGUUAAGUAUUUUGUUGUAUGAAGUUCUUUUUUUUUUACUCUGUGACGUUUCCUGUCGUCUUGCCAUACGUCGUGUAUAAUCGUUUAGAAUUUUAGGUUGUCAUUUGUACAGGAUAGGAUAGUUUUCGAUCGUUUUGUAUAUAGUUGGUAGCACUCGUUUAAACUUUUAUGUAUUUUUCGCGCACAGAAGAGUAAUAUAUUCAUUUACAUGUUAUUUUUAUUAGCAAAUAAACAUUUUUAUUGUGUAAA